AUGCGGGCAGCCCGCACCGCUGGCGACCCAAGGGACACGGCGAAGUCAUCCCUCCCACGUGCCAAGCCGGCGCGGGAAGUCCCAAGCCACACGCGACAGCCUAAGCCGGCACGGGAGCGUCGGCGGCGGCCGUGGCCGCAGCCGGCCGCCCCCAAGCCGGGACCAGGAGCACGACUCCGAGCAGCCAGACACGAGAGGCGUCCGGCUCGGACCAGAAAACCGACAUCCGGCGCCGGCCGGCCCACUCCCGGUUGGGCCAGCAGCGUCGAGCCGGCCGAUGCCCAGAACGCAUCGACCGGCUCUGCCUGUCCCCGCAUCGUGGAAGAGGAGAUCCCAGCCGGCCCCAACUGCUUCGGCCCGCGGAUCUGGCCGAGCCAAUCAUUGAAGGCUUCGUGCUACCCGGGGACACUCCCUAAGUGCGACGGUACCACCAAGCCGAAGGACUGGCUGCUCGACUACACCACCACGGUCGGUAUCUCCCGCGGCAACAAGCGGCGGGCCGUGCGCUAUUCCCCCUCAUGCUAA